AUGUCCAACUUCGACGCCGCUCCCCCCAACACCCACGCGGGCGGGAACGACGAUGCUCUCCGCGGAAACGGCACGAUGCCCAUGGACCCCGUUGUCGAUGCCGACGAGAUGGUCGACAUGGAGGCGUACCGGAGCUCUGUACCGCUUUGGAAACGCAUCCACCAACACAGCUUGACGCAGAUGAUGCUGCUGAGCGUGCAGGCCUUCUGCGGACCGGCCAUGGCGGAUGCGAUCGCGGGUCUUGGUGGUGGUGGUCUGGCGACUCCGCAGACUAACAACAUUACUAACGCGGUGAACUACGCUUGUCUGGCAAUCGUCUGUGUAUUGGGCGGCCCUCUUGUGAACAAGCUGGGUACCAAAUGGGCCUUGGUCAUCGGUGCCAUGUCGUUCCCUAUCCAGGGUUCAUCCUAUUACUGCAACAGUAGAUUUGGCAAUCAAUGGUACCUGAUCUUCGGUGGCUUCGUGUCAGGCGUCGGCACCGGCUGUUGGUACGUCGCUGAAGCCGGCUGCAUCAUGUCCCUGGCUCCAGCGGGUGCUCGUGGGAAGUACCUGGCCCUGUGGAUCGUUUCCCGAAAUCUCGGACAGCUCGUUGGCGGCGCAAUCAACUUGUCGAAGAACCACGAGAAGGGGGUCAACGGUGGUGUCACACCCGACACUUACGUCGCCUUCUUGAUCAUUGAGUGUCUGGCCUUGCCAUUUGCGUUCCUCAUCUCUCCCCUGGAACGAGUCGUCCGGUCGGACGGGACGCGGAUUCUCGUCUCAGAGAAGAUCGGAAGCAAGAACGAAUUCAAGCUGAUCAAGACCACCAUGACUUCCUCGCUCGUCCUGCUUUCCGCUCUGUGGGCCAUCUGGUCGUUCUUCUACAGCGGCUCUUGGUCCACCUACCUUGGAACGUACUUCACUGUUCGCGCUCGGGCCUUAUCUUCACUCGUGUCUCCCUUCUUCUGCAUUGUCGGGUGCUUCGGCCUCGGGUUCAUCCUCGACAUCAAGGGCCUCAGCCAGCGCCGACGGGCCCAGCUCGGUCUCUUUGUGGUCGUCAUCCUAAAUCUGGGUGUCUACAUCUGGUCGAUCGUGAUGCAGACGCGGUUCAACCGGUCCAGCCCGGGCAAUAUUGACUGGGACGAUUCGCUCUACCCCGACGCCUUCCUCCCGUACUUCUUCGUGCAGACCACGGGGCCGCUGUCGCAGUCCUACAUGUACUGGCUGCUGUCGUCUUUCGCGACAGACGCCCAAGCCAAUGUUCGCAACGGCGCUGCAUUCCGCUGUCUCGAAGCCAUCGGCCAGGCCGUCUCCUACGGCAUGAACACACAGACCAGUUCUAGCCCGCUGAUUGGAUUCUGCGUGACUUUUGGCCUCAUGGCAGCUGCUUUCGGCCCGAUGCUUGUGCUGGUCAACUCUACGCCUGACCGCAUCCCCGCCGACGUGAUUAUUGAGGCGCAGGAGCAGGAGCAGGAGAAGGGGUUUCAGGACGUCAAGGCUGCAGAGGCAUGA